AUGAGAUAUGACAGAACCCAAGACCCCCAGGAGCACCUAAUGGCCUUUGAGGCCAGGAUGAACUUGGAGGGUGUGGGCGACGAGGUGAUGUGUCACGCUUUUCCCGUGACCCUGGCAGGACCGGCAAUAUGGUGGUUCAACGCUUUUCCUCAAGGAUCUGUGAUAACUUUCGUGGACAUAACACGUGCCUUCCUAGCACAGUUUAACAUGCGCAUUGCCAAAGCCAAGCACCCGAUCAACCUUCUAGGGGUGACCCAAAGAAGCGGCGAACCGACCAAGAAGUAUCUUGAUAGGUUCAACGACGAAUACCUGAAGAUUGACGGCCUGACCGACUUGGUGGCCAGCCUGUGCCUGACGAAUAGGUUGUUGAAUGAAGACUUCAGAAAACACCUCACUACCAAACCUGCGUGGACCAUGCAGGAAACCCAAAAUGUGGUGAGAGAAUAUAUCAAUGACGAGGAGGUCAGCCAAGUGGUGGCGGCCAAUAAACGGCAGCCCGCCCAUGUUUCAGCCCACCAGCCCGUGAACGGGGAAAGGUCUAAGGAGCACUCCAAAGACGGAGGGCGGAUUAAACCCUUCAAACCGUUCCUCCGAGUAGGAAGGUUUACGAACUACACCCCUUUGGCGGCCCCGAUCAUUGAGGUAUUCCAACAAAUAGCCGACAAGGGCAUCUUGUCGAAACCUUGCCAACUCAAGGACAUAACUGGCAGAAACAAAAAUCUCUAUUGUGAUUACCACAAAGGUUUCAGCCAUAAAACCCAAGAUUGCUUCGACUUGAAAGAUGCUUUGGAACAGGCAAACCGUGAAGGCAAACUAGCGAAGUUCUCACAUUUUAUAAGAUAA